AUGUUUCUCUUCUUUAUUACACAGUCUCUAUGUUGGGAACUUCCAACAUAUCCUAGUAACUUUUACGCCGGAUUCAACGGCUGGGUCAAGGUCCAAGGAAAAAUCGGCAAAAUGGUAGAUAAUAAAACAAUCUUUGGAUUCCCAGUUGUCGCAAAUUUCAAUGCUUCUCAUUAUCUUAUUGAUAUGCUCGAGCCUUACAAAGGUACAGUUAAAUCAUUAGGAGACUUUAAUUCUUUCUUUUCAGAUUUCCAAGCUGAUGUCUCCGAUAAAAUUCAAUAUGUUCAAGAUUACGUUUCAGAUACCAAACAAUUGACUGGUCUAAUUGUAGGAGCUGCCUUUGCAAUCAUCAUCUUAAUUAUUUUCCUUAUUUUGGUCCUCCUUUUAUUCCUCUUUUACAUUUUCACAUGCUGCUGCUGCAAGCCAAAGGAGUCCUCAAUGCCAAACUGGUGUUCUAAGGGCUGCAUGUUAGUUGCUUCAGCUCUUUAUCUCCUUGCCGGUAUCUGCUUCUUCUUCAUCAUUUCCCCAGUAAGAAGCACAUACAACACAGCCCUUCAUUUGGAAGAUGCCUAUGCCACCGUCUACCCAGAAGUCAACAGUUCCCUUAUCACUCCAUUCUCCAACAACAUCAAUUCACUUUUAGAUGACAUUGUUUCCUACAUUGAUAAGGUCCCAGAUGACAUUAAAUACUUCGUUAAAACCAUUGUUAACGGUCUCAAAAAUGGAUACAACAGCGUUGUUAGCACUGUUACUAACUCUGAAAACUACGAUCCUGCCACAAACUCCAAUCCACAAAAUCUCUUUGAUGCAUUAGAAUUACUUAAGUAUCAUGUUCAGAAGUAUAACAAUGACUCAAAAGAAAUUUGUCGUGUUGAAUCUUCUAUUCCAAAGCUUGACUUCACAGAACAAAUCCAAAGCGUUAAGGAUCAUAUUAAUGAUGCUCUUAAAUCCAUGGAUGACAGUAUUCGACAGUUGAAUGACACUGGUUCUACAAUUUCUGAUCCACUUGUUGACCAACUCGAUCAAAUCAAGGAUAUGAAACUUAAUGAUAAUAUCAAAGAAUACACAAACAUGGCUGAUGGAGUUAGCACCCUCAAUAUCCUGUUACUCCAACUUGGUGUCAAUCCAAACAUGACAGAGCUUAUUGAAAUUGCCAAGGCAAUCAAAUACCCAGUUUAUAGUAUCAUUGGUUUAGGUGCUGGCGCUUUCUUGAUUCUCGUUGCCUCAACAUGGUGCAUCUUCUGCGGCCACAGCAAGUGCUCUCGCUGCCAGGCUUCUUGCUGCCCAUGCUGCCACCUCUUCUCUGGUUUCUUGGCAUAUUUGGUUCUUGGUCUUGUUUCUUUCGUCGUCGCUUAUGUCUGCGUCAUUGUCCACGAAACAGUUUUGUCAUUUGAUACAGUUAUUAACUACGUUCCAGAUUUGACUCAGAACGGAACAUUGGAAUUCUCAUUCUCACAGGAUGUCAAGGUCAAUGAUGUUUCGAUCACAAUCUCUAUUGACCCAAUCGUUGUCGAUCUCACAAAGAUCAAGGGAAGUCCAAUGGAUACAAUUCUUCAUUCUGAUAAGAGUGACAGUUCUUUGAUGAGUGUUAUCGAUAUCCAGAAGAUUCUCAACACUGAUCAUCUUCUUGAGAGAUGCGCCAACAUUUCUAACUGGUUCAACAAUACUAUUUACGAAGGUAUUGCUUCAGUUUUCUCUGAUGCUAUUGGCCCAGCUAAGAAACAACUUCCAGAUAAUAUCAAAGAAAACGAUAACUAUCCAAAGAACAUUAGUAAAGAAGUUGAAGAUGCAAAUGACAAGAUUGAAAAAAGUGGAUUGACACCUGAUGAGAAGAAGACAUUGCAGGAUGAUCUUACUGCAAUUGCAAAAGAUAUCGAUGAAAUACUUCCAGGUAAGUAUCAAAAUACAUACAACGCCGCCAAAUCCAAUAUCUUCGAUAAGUACAGUUCAAACUUCCUUGCCACAUGGAAUGGUGAAUUGUUCCCAUCUCUUGAACGUUUCUUGAACGCCACAACUAAUUUAACAUCAGGAGCUGUCAACCAUCUUGUUGAUGCAUUCAAAGGUGCUAAGCUUGCUCCAAUAUCUAAAUUGGCUGCAUUAUUUGGAACAAUUGUAACAUAUAAUACAUCUUAUGCCCUUUCUGCUAUCUUCUUCAUGUGCCAAUUCGGUGCUGCUGCUGUUUUCAUCUCUUCCCUCCUCAUCUACAUCAGAAGGAAAGGCAUGAUGAACCCUGAUGCUGUUUCAUCUUCAUAUGACGAGUCUUCUAGCUAUGAUUAUGAUAAAUCAUCAUCUUCUGGAGGAAAGAUGAACAAGGCUUCUUCUGAUUAUUCAUCAUCAGAUAGGAAGGCAUCUUCAUCAUCCUCUUCUUCAUUCUCAUCCUCAUCAAGCUCUGGAGGAAAUGCUAGACGCAAGAGAAGAUACUCUAA